UUAAAUGUUUAUGGUUCAUUGAACAAGCAUGGGAAACCGUGUUUAAACCCUUUACAAUGAAGAUCUGUGAAGUUAUUUGGAUUUUUACGAAGUAUCUUUGAAAAACAGUGUCCUGAAAAGGGGCCGUUUCUUUUUUUUGCUGAGCUUAUAUAAGCACCAAAAAAUAAAAACUCACAUGUUGAUAUCAAUGGUACACCAUUAGAGAUCAAGUUAUUCCUUACCUUAGCUUUGAAAUGUUUUGAUAAUUUGAUAUCCUUGCUCGCUGUGUACAAUACUAGAGCUGGCACCUUGCCAUGGUGGGGUAGAUUGCACGUUUUUGUGAUAUGUCCCUGUGGGCUGUAACAACAGCAACCGAAUUUAGGCUCUUGCAGGUUUAACAAUCCAGUCAUGCCAAUAAUCACAGUAAUGCUUACCCUCUUGUUUAUUAUUGCUUUAUUUGACAGCCGGAGGAAGCACACAGUACCUUUAGAAAAUGAAGUUGAUUUUUACAUUCAUAGGCUGUCUGUUGAUAAAGCAUGAAAUCUGUUACAAAUGGAGAUACUGAGGAGCUGAACUUACACUACGGAAAAACAAAUGCUAAGAGAAAGGGAUAUGGGCGUAAAAUAGAGAAAGAGUGGUGGUUAGAGAGAGGAAGAGACAGCGAGAAAACUAAGACAGAAAAAGACAAGUAUAUAUGCUUAGGGAGGUAAAAAUAAGAAGCUUAGAUAGAUGUAGAGAAUGUAGGAGAGAGAGGGGGGGGGGGCAAAUACAUUGGUGUCAGUGCAGCCACUUCCUGUGAUCAGAGAGAGAGAGAGAGAGAGAGAGAGAAAAUGAAGAGAGCCCUCUAGAGCUAGCGCCCAUCAUUCAGCCCAGGACCAAAAGAGAGGGAUCAUCACCUGUGUCCUUGCAGAGAAAUAGAGAAAAGAGGAUGACCAUUACAUGGAGGACAGGUGUCAUGCUGAUGCUGAUGUUUUUUUCUUCUGCAGAGGCUUCAUUGAAUGAACCGGUCAUCUGCUACAUACUGGACGGAGUCCUGAUUCUCUACUCCAUCAUCACCACCGUUCUAUUCUUCAAAGUGAAGUGGGGCAAGUCUGUAACUGCACCUGUGGAGGACUCCACAUAUGCAGAACUCCUGACGGGUACUAUUGCUGACGACUAUGAGGAUCUAAGGACUGACCAGACUGCAGCUACUAGACGGAAGCGCAGACAGGAAGCUAGUAGCGACACAUACCAGGCUCUCCAGAUAAAAGAUGAUGGGAGUGAGGCCUACCAGGUGAUCGAGUCCAAGGGGAGGACUCGCAAGAAGGACAAGAAAGCCAAGGUCCCCCAGCCUCUCAGUGCAAACACCCAGACUCAGACCCGGCCCUCCGCCCUGCCACCACCUCCAAACUGAUCUGACCCAGUCAGCCCUCGGCACGGAGGCAGCUGUUUACUCCAUUGGCAGAUCUCCCCUGCACUGAUCCCAGUCAGCCCUCGGCACGGAGGCAGCUGUUUACUCCAUAGGCAGAUCUCCCCUGCACUGAUCCCCCAGUCAGCUUAUAUCUCUGAAGAUAACAGCAUAGAAGGUUAUCUGCUUUCUAGCUAUAGCAGUGUUCUACUCCUGAGCUCAACUCCCUGCUCUGUUAUUGCAUGUUACAAAUCAGCAGAAACGUGUGCAUGUCUUAUCUAUGUGUAUUAUCAUGUCAUUUGUUAAGUUUAUUGACUGCUUUCUGUGCCCUUUAUGGCUGUAUGUGGUAAUGUUGAUAUUUUGAACAUAAUAAAAGACAAAGUACACGUUCCAAUGUUAAAACACUUGGAAAAUGGUUUAAUGAUGUUUACAACUAAAGAGAACUGUACAGUUACAGUAAAAUAUUGUUUAUAUAUAUAUAUAUAUAUAUAUAAAAUAUAUAUAUAUAAUAUAUAUAUAUAAAAUAUAUAAAAACAAAUAAAAUACAGCAGACAAAUGCAUCAAAUCUACCAUGUGUCCUGAUUCACAUACUUUAAAAUGUUCUACACAAUCUUUCAGUUCUAUAUGCCACCACCCGCCAUGUCUGGGGGGGGGGGGGGCGUUUCGUAGUCGGAUCUGAGGCAUGUGUCCAUAGUGAGCAGUGUUCUAGUCCAAACUGGAACGGUAGAACCGCGCGUCACAACGACAGCGUGGCUCCCAGAGUUCUAGACUACAGCCUGGGACGAUACAGUGGACACAUUCCUUUAGUUUAGCCCAAACUGAUUUUACAGAAUGCAUUUCUCAAAAAUCCACAAACAGAAGUAAUAUGUACAGGUUUACCUUAUUUUGUUUUUUUAUAUAUUUUUUUAAAACCAUGGUCACUUGGGCCGUGUUGACUGAUAUGAUCACACACAUUAUUUGACACACCCAAAACAUACAAAAAUACUAUAUCUUUAACCUACCAAGUGUAAGACAGUUCUGCAAUUAGUUCCAUGCUGUGACAGAAAAAGAGCGAUACACCAAACAAAC